UUCUGUAUUAUGAUUUUACAGUUUCAUUGGAAAUGACUUUCCUUUUCCACAGUCAAAGUUUUCGUAGAUCUACCCAUAUUUCUGGAUGACCCACACUGUUAGAUAAAUAACACCAUAUUACUCUUCUUUCCAUUGAUUUCCCGUUUUUCGCAGUUCUUUCAGGAAAUUCUGUGUCUUGUUUGUGCUGACUGAUUCAAAGUUUCUUGAAUCUAUACAUACUUCUUCCAGGUCAGCUAUCGUGUGAGAUACAUAAUAGAAUAUUGUUUGCCCUUUCUGUUUUCAUCUAUAAUGAAACAACACUCUCCAUUUGAAAUUGUCUGUCGUCUGUGCUGGCUGCCAUGUAAAUGCUAAAAAUUCUAUCGAAACGUACUCUCCUCCACUGGAGGACAGAUACACCUAAUACAAGAGGAGAGAUGAAGUUUUGUUUUCGUAAUUAACUAGCUUAGGAUCCAGUUUACUUCCGACAAUUCGUCAAAACAGAGACAGAAAGCAGCUGUGUAGUGAAAAACAAGUUUCUCGAAGUGGUUGCUGAGCCUCUAGCAAGCUGUGUGUGCUGUGGGAGAGUGGAGAUGAAUUUUAUUUCGUACUUAGCAGCUUAGGUUUGUGUUGACCUCCGACAACUCGUAAAAACAGAGGGUAGGAAGCUGUGCGCUGGAAACGACGUUUGUCGAAAGGAUUUUUACGCCUCAUGGAAGACGUGUUUGUUACUAAAGAGAGCAGUGUUUCAAACAAUAUGUUUGCGUUCAGUUCUGAAAAUUUGUAAUCACAGUGAGUGAGGAGUUGUGUGCUGUGUAGCAGGGUUAUCGGAAAGGUUUCUAAGUCUCUGGAAACAUUGGGUGUUCCUUAAGAGCACAGGUGAACUCUUUUUAGCAGUUUACGUGUCCGCUCGCUUCCUAGAGUUCAAGAGACAAAGGAAGAGAGAAUGUGUACUUGAAAUCGAGUUUAUCGAUAAGGCUUCUAAGACUCCACGGGUAGUGUGUAUUGUUAAAGAGGUCAGGAGAACUCCUUUCGCAUUGGAUGCUAAGGUUACUGUUGACUUCCGACAGCUCGUCAAAAUGGACUGGGAAAAAGAGAAUCUGUGAGUUGAAAAUCACGUUUGUCAAUGGGUUACUAAGGCAGAGUGUGCUGCUGCAGAGGGCAGGAGAACUUCUUUUGGCACUUCGCGACUUAGGCUCCCGUCCAUUUUCAAGAGAUCCACGAACAGAACAGAGAACGUGAACUGGGUAUAACGUUUGUCGAGAAGGUUUCUAAGCCUGUGGGAAGUAGUGUGUGGCUGGAGAGGACGGGAGAACUGUUUUCCUCGCUUGGCAGCGUUCAGGUGCAGUUCACCAAAACAGGGAGACCGAGGGCUCGAGGCGAGGCAUGGAGGCGGUGCUGGACGCGUACUUCGACGAGGUGUUUCCGCGCGUGGCGCGCGACUACCUGCUGGCGCGCCACCGGCGCAAGCAGCUGGCGGACUACUUCGGUCACGUGGUGGCCGGCUGGUGCCGCGCCGGCGUCGGCGACGGCGAGGGCGGCGCCGGGCCCGUGUCGCCGCAGCUGGGGGCGGCGCGCGCCGUGCGGGCGGCCGUGCGCUUCCACCGCCGCACCAAGGCCGACAACGGCGGCUCCGUCUGCCGCAUGGGCAAGUUCCACAACAUCCUCUACGUGGCGGCCCGCAUGUGCGUCGACUGGCGCGUGCAGGACACGGAGGCGGUGUCGGAGCUGCUGGCGGAGAUCUACGCCUGCGAGCGCACCCUGGAGCGGCUGUUCGCGGGAGCGGUGUUCGGCCCCCGGGCGACGCACUUCAUCGCCGGCUGGAAGAGCGACUUCGGCGACGGAGCUGAGGGUCUGGCGUGCACGCAGUACUUCCUGCAACACGCCGCCGCCGCCCGAAUGCAGUUCCCGGACGCUUACAGAUAUCUUUCUGAAAUUUGGGACGCCUCUCCUGACUGCCUUUUGGGUGACUGAAGGGUGCGGCGGCGGGCGACGAGCGGCCGACGUCCC